AAAAAUAACUAAUUAAAAUAUUGGAGGAGCAAAACAUAUGUGCAUAGUAAGUCAAAUGCUGUUUUAUUUUGCCAAUGUGCCAUACUGUAAGGAAUUUGCACAAAGGAUCAGAGGAUUUGCACAAAGUUGGUCAGGGAAGUCAUGGAAAUUAAAACAAAAAUUUGAGUAGGAACCCUGGAAAUUGUAAAACAAAUUAUUUUGAAAAGAUUUUUUCAAAGAAUAUUUUCUUAAUAGUUUAUAGUAAAAUAUAUUAAAUAUAUUUUAAAAUCAAUAUUAUCUCUUUAGUGUGUUUUCCUUAUUUUGAUAGUUUUCUGGCAAGAUUUUACUCACAGGAUAUGGUAACAGCAGUGGAAAUGUCACUCCCUUCCUUUUUUUACUGACUGUUUUGUCUAGAUAUGUCUGACAGUUGUACUUUAUAGUUGCACUCUUCAGAUGAUUUAACUUUUAAAAAAACUUUUAAAAAUUAAUUUAAGAUUGUUUUUGUUUAUGAAAUAAUAAUCUUUUUAUACUGUAGUUUCAACUAAUUUGAAAAUGAUGGUAAAACUUAAUUUUGCAAGUAAGUUAUUAGUUUUAGUAUUUGUUGCCUGUUUAUUUUCAACCGCACAAUCUUUAAACUGUUCCGAUGUAAUUAAUACAAUUAUUUGUUCUUGCAAAAAAAAAAUUGAAUGCAUCAGUACAAAUGCAAGCAGUACUGAAAUGUUUUCUGCUGUCGACAGAAUUCUAGUUACAUCAAAUGUUUCAGAAAAUAUAGUGAACAUAUCAUUGCCAAAUCUAAAUUUAAAUACUAAAGAUACAACUUUUAAGCAGUUUAAUAUUCAAAACUUAAUAAUACAAAACUCAAAUUUACAAGCUAUUUCAGAAGAUGCUCUAAAAAAUUUAGAGAAUAAUCUCAUCUAUCUCAAUGUUAAAAGUAAUAAUUUUAGAAGCAUUCCUUCAAAGGGUCUUCGUCAUCUUAAGCAAUUGCAAACAUUAAUUAUUUCAGAAAAUUUUAUAAAAACAAUAAAUGUUGUUGACUUUUUUCAUAAUGUUAACUUAAAUUACUUAGAUCUAAGCAAGAAUAUUAUUUCUUCAAUUGAAAAAGGUUCAUUUUUGUCUUUGAAAAAAUUACAAAUACUUCAUUUAGAAGAUAACAAAUUAUCAUCUGUUAACAAAGAUAUGUUUGAAAAUUUAAAUAAUUUAACCAGUUUAAUUUUAUCAAAUAAUAAAUUAAAGAUUUUAUCUGAAAGUUUAUUAGAUCACAUGAUUGCUCUUAGAAAUCUUAUAGUGGAUAAGAAUGAAUUAAUAUCAUUUAAUAAUAUUAAGAUUACAUCAACUUCUUUACAAUCAUUUCAUCUGUCAAAUUGCUUCCUAAAUGAAUCAUUUAUUGCUGGUGCAUUGAAAGAUCUACCAAACUUAAUAAGUUUGCAUUUGAAUGAUAACCUGAUUAAGAAUAUUUCAGAGUUUGCAUUUUCAUAUUUUCAUAAACUAAAUGAACUUGAUCUAAGCAACUGUCAGUUAAGUUAUAUUGAUGAAACUGCAUUUUACAAUUUGACAAAUUUGAAAAUAUUGGAUCUUGAAAAUAACAAUCUUUCCAAAUUAAAGUGCCAGCUUACAAAACAUCUGAAAUCAUUAGAAUCAGUCAAUCUAGAAAAUAAUAAAUUGGAAAGUAUUGAAAAUGGAACUUUUGGAUCCUGUCCUAAUCUUACCGAAAUCAUCUUAACUGGUAACCAACUGAAGUGUGACUGCCAGUUGGCAGGGUUUGCCAGUUUUCUCAAGAACUACCAGUUGGAUGGAGUAGAUGAUACUCAAUGUUUUUCUCCUGCCCAUCUUCAAGGUGAAGAUGUUAUCGAUGUGGACUUUUCCCUUAUGAAUUGUUUAGCUAGCCACAACAGCUGCGAUGGUCCUGAUGAAUUUCUGCCACCAAAAUUUAGUGUGGAUUUUGUUAAAAUAGAAUACAGAUCAGAUGCGACAAUGGAUUUGUGGUGGAGUGUGGAAAGUGAAGGUCACCUUCUCCCAGGAGUUUACAAAUGCAAUGUUUCCUAUUCAGUUGUGGGGGAAGAUGAUUAUAGCCACAUCAGCAUAGAAGACUGUUUCUCUUUCAGUAACCAUUCUAAAAAUAGUUCCAUGAACCUGGUGCUUUUCCCUGGAGAAUACAACUACAAUGUAUGCAUAGUAAUAUUUUACACAAAGAACAAUUCUCUCUAUUAUAAUUAUUGUUCUGCUAUCCAUUACCAAAAUCCCACUUCUGGCCCAUUGAAAGGUGGUGGAAUGGAUACCACCAUAACUUCUUCUUCAACACAAACCGAAACCCAAACUUCCAGCCCGUUGGAUGAUAGUGGAGUGGCUACCACCAUCACUACUUCUUCAACACAAAUGCAAACCCAAACUUCAAUAACUUCUCGCCAGGCGACUACUGUAACUGUAGAAACCACCACUUCUAUUGUCUCUAAUCCGGAUAGCAAUUCCAUCACCAUGAUGAGAUGGACAACAAUAGCAUCCCAGUCAUCUUCUAACCAGAACACAGUUUUUGUUUGGAUUGAUGAAAAUGAUAAACUUUAUGUCUCUUGGAAUGGGACAGAAGAAAAGGUAAACAGUUUCUGCCGCCUUCAACUCUCUGUCACCUCACGUAACCAAACAAAAAAAACAGAGAGGAGAGACUGUGGCAGUGGUUCCAUGCAUCUUGACCCUUUAGAUCUGGGAGAGGACUUUGAAAUCUGCCUUUCCACAUAUCGUAAUUUCUCUCAAGAACAAAAUCAUUGCACUCACUUUAAGAAACCACUUCUGGCAGAAAGUAGCCAUUCCAAUGAAGGCCAACCAAUAGCAACAGGGGCAGCAUUUCCAUCAAUUAUUCUGGUGACUAUUCUGGUGGGAUCAUUAAUUUUGGCAUCAGUGGCCCUGAUAACCCUGGUGGUGUUCUUAAUCAAAUUUAUGUGGAAGAGGAGAGGUGAAUCAAGUCGAUAUGAUGUGAGCAAAGAAGAGAGCUCCCAGAAAAACAAAAGGAGAUCAAAUUUGUAUUCUGUCAGUCUGGCAGAAGAUGAUGCAGCCAUCUGAUAUAUUUUAACUAUGUGUAAUUCCUUUGUAUCAGUUGGAGAAAGGAAGAUGAAUUCUUAUUCACUUGAUAUAAGACAAACUCAUGACCAAAAUAAAAAUAAUAAUUCACAAAAGUUUGAUGUUUCUAUUUGUUACUGAUCCAAAAAUACAAGUUUUCAUACUUUAUUAAAAAAAUAUGGGAUAAAAU